AUGGAACACAAGGUGGAUUUCUUGAUGAAGCGCUACACAUCAGUAUGCCCAGACGUUCGCUCGCGAGUCAACGCCGCCACCAGCAAAUUGUUCGACGUGACUAGUGACGUGUACGAAUUCACAAGCCUACACGUCAUCGACAACACAGGACAAGCGAUCGCUACAGGACCGGGACCAGGACUUCCAGCCCCAUUUAGAGCCGCCGCCACAUACUUCAGAAUCGAGCUCCGAUUGGUCCCACGGCUCUGUUCCCUACGAACUGACAUUGGAAUCAACCCAACAAAUUUCCCGCCAUAUUCCAAUAGAGCUAUAUACAUUCCAGUGCCAAGAGUCCAGAACCAGAUGGAUGUAUCCAUCACUCGCCAAAUGGUAACGGACCAAGCACAUCAUAAGGAAAUCAUCGCAGCAAUGGUAGCAUUGGGAGAAGAGUUCUUGAUGAGAGCCGCAACCAGAGACGGAGAACCUGACAACAAAGCCUACGAAAAGUGGUCCAAGCAGCAGAUUGCAAGACCCAAUUCCAAGCGCUUGAACAAGCACUCAUGGCCACCUACGUCGGACUACAACAAGGAAUUGAGACGCCAAACCAACAACUGGCAAAACUCAACAUGA